AUGCUGCUUAUCAUUGAAGCUCUUCUUCUCAUUUUAGCAGCUCUAGAACAGGAUCACAGAGCCGCCGCCGCUGCUGCUGGGAAGAUAUUUCCACUGGGGAUGGAACACAAAUCCGUCGACGAUCAAUAUAAUGGCUGCAAAGGACAAAUGGCAAAUCUGGUUAAGACCAAAUAUCUGCCAAAUGAAUUGAAAAGCAAUUCUAAAUUUAAGCAAUACUGGCAAAACAGCGCAAAGGUUGUGAAGUAUGGUAAAGACCACUUAACUAGAGACCAUUUAAUCGCCAUUCACGUGUACACUGGCAAAUAUGUGUAUCGUCAGUUUAACGAAGACACACGUUACGGCAAAAACCAGUACAAGCACAAGAAAUACAAGUGGCAUGCGCUGCACUUCCUGUUGACCGAAGCAUUGCAGAUUAUGAAGAAGUCACACAAUAAAUGCUUUCAAACCUACCGCGGUACUACGGCAAAUUUUGAUAAGCACGUUCUGAAUAAAGAGAUCCGCUUUGGUCAGUUUACGUCCUCCUCUCUUGAUCCGAAAAUAACGCAAGGCUUUGGAUCGAAGUCCUGUUUUGAAAUUAUAACUUGUGAAAGCGCCGAGCUGAUGAAAUAUUCUCAGUAUCCUUACAUUAAAGAGGUGCUGAUUCCUCCAUAUGAGAAGUUUCGGGUCACCGCUGUCCGGACGAAACAGAAUUAUAAAAAUCUGUGGUGCGACACGGUGUACACUUUGAAGAGCGCUGGAAGAACAAGUUAUCUGAACUGUGAACUGAUCAAGAAACAUUAAAAUAAUAUCCAAGAGGUAAUCUUGUACAGUUGAAGACAGAAUUA